CUGUCUGUACCCCAAAUGCAUCCUGACAUUGUCAUGGGCCUGAAUUCUUACCUUUCUGCCAAAUGUAUCCAGUGUAUCGCUGUGCCCACUGUAAUAAUGUCAGAACUAUACAACAAUUAGUAUAUACCGUCUCUAAUGGACUUCCAUAAAAACAAACUUGAUUCUACCAUGUUCCUUUGUAAAAAAAAAAAAAAAAAAAGCAUAUCACAUGAAGAAGUCCACAGUCCUCUUUUUUGAAAAUAACAAAAAACAUAUAUAGCACCCCCUGUGGCAUCAUCAAAAUGAUCUCUGAUCAAACAAACAAACAAAACAAUCUCCUUUUGAAAAUGUAGGCUAUAUACAGUAGAGUAGAGGAAUGUAUACACCGGCCUACAGUCUACUCUACACAGUUGAUGGUGGGUGCAUGUCCUGCAAUGACCAAUAUCCACUCAACAUGGUAGAGGGCAGUAAUGAGCUAAAUAUUUGAUCGCAAUCCUGAUAAUAGAAGAAGAAGAAGAAGUUACUUUGUGUUGUCAUGGCGGCGGCGGUUUUAAACUGUUGCAAAGCAGAAUUUGUUGUUUUUGUGAAGUCGCUUGCUUGUCUGUAUAUUACAGGCAGCAUGCGUAUAUUAAUGAGUAAUGGAAUUAUUGAAGAGUAAUAUUAUAUGUUUUUGAUGAACUGUUCAGAACUUUGUAAAUCAAAGGUCGCGUGCCUGGAUUAAUUUGACAUCUUCCUGUGAGUUUAGCAACAUGGCUAGCUAUCAGCUAACGUUGGCGUUACUGACUCGACUGAAGUGAAAUCGGGAUUCAUAAGCACUCCAGGGUAUCCAGUCGGCAUACGUUUGUUUUUGCAGUUACUCGUGUCUUUGAAAUGACAUAUGCCACGGCCAAUAUCGCAGUGUAGGUCGAGCAUAAAAAAAUACUCAAACUCCACCGCUAACAUUAGCUAACGUUGGUAAGGUUAUGUUAGCUCACCUAUGUUAAGUAAACAACUCGUUAGAUAAAUGAACGCUGUCACAUAAAAUGUAGGCUCAUUUUAGUUGCCGAGCGUUAUUUAAACCAACGCCACUAUGAGUGCAAAAUUUCAAAGAGUAUCAUUUGAAGACUUCAAUGAUUUAAAGGGGUCUUGGAUCCCUACCGAAUCAGGUACAAUUCGCAACACCCGGAUACCUCCACAAACCAAGUUGCUGUUCAACGAGGCCAUCCCGCUGCACCCCUCUAACCGUGAAACCCGCGUUGGGCCUCCAGCACCUAUUGUAAUAGAGAAGUUUGUGCCGCGGGCCACUGAGCAUACGGACGGUGACAGCUGCAACAGUUCCCUGCGCUUCUCCGUGUUGUCAGAAGAACGUCUGCAGACCGCUGUCAGACUUGCUAAGAGAGACAUAAGGAGAAGACGCCAACAGUCCCUCAUCAACACCCCUCUCACCAGCUCACCUCGCAAACAAGAACUUGGCCCUCAGGAUGACUGCAUUACAGACCUUCAGCAGAAGCAGAAGAAGGCUGCCUCUAAAGGACAGCAGGCCGUGGACAUUCAGAGAUCCGUGACCAAGUCAGGAGCCGAGGUGCUGGUAUACACCCCUCAGAAGCUCUCGGCUCCACCUGGACCUGCAUAUGGGCAGUCGCCUCCCACUAGGGACCCUGGGCCCAAAGAGGGCAGCAAGCUGAGCCAAGAGAUCCGCAAGCUUCAGAAAGAGUUGGGGAUUUGUGUCAAGAGGAUCGAGCAACUGGCUAACAAAGGUGGUCUGAUGGGGGUGCCCCUGGAGCCAGAGGAACAGCGCAGAAUGGAGAUCCGUCGGCAGGAGCAAGCAGCACGCUCAGCUCGCAUCUUUUACAACCUUCAGCAGCAGGUGAAAGACAUUCAGGACGAUGUACAGAGGCUUCAGUCGCAGAACAUCAAACCCACCAAGAAAUCCAGGGCCAUGGACAGACUGGCUGCGGCCCAUAGAGGAGCUGUGAGGGCCAUGCAGGUCUUCACCAACCAGCUGUCCGAUCCGGCCGAGAGCAGGGUGCCCCCUCACUACAAGGAGCUGGGCCAGCUGAUCCGCCAGCUCUCGCUCUGCUCCGCUAAAGUGGAGGCGGGCCAGGACUCCGUCGUGCCGGAGACGGCCAUCGAUAUCCUGCAGAAACUGGAGGUGCUGGACAGAGCCCUCAGUAAGCAGCAGGGCCCCAGAAGAGAGUUGAGGACGUGCAGCCUGUCUCCCAUAAGACAGCGCUCCCCUGCUGGCAGAUGGCACAGCAUGUCCCCUCCAAGAUCACCCAGGGCCUUGGGGCCCCGCCAGCCCCCAGCACAGAAGAAAAGGCCCAAAAGGCCACCGGUGGCCAGGAGGCAGAGGCCGGCGGUGCAAAGGCCUGGGGGAAAGGCGCGGAGCUCGGUGCUCAGAGCAGGGCUGGAGAGGCUCCUGGGGAUGAGUGAACAGGCAGAGGGCAGGCCCCAACCUCCUCCAAAGACCCACAGCCCCAGCAACCAGUCAGCCCAACCCUACCAUGACAGGAGCAAGCAGGGUGGGCCAACUUGUGAGGCCGGCUUCCAGCAGCCCACCGUCUCCUCCAGGCUGAAAGAGAGCCAGAUCCCUCAGAAGGAGGCAGUGGUACCCUGGAUCCCCACAUCUCCUCGGUCCCCAACCACGCAAAGGGCUGUAUCAAAGAGGCCAGAGCCCAGGUGCCUCUUCUCCACCCUCCGCAGCGCCGCAGGCCCCCCUGAGCAGCAGGGCGCGGACAGGCCACCAGAGGAGCCAGGCCUGGGCCCUGAGAGGAGACAGCAGGCCCACAGUGAGGCCCUCAGGCAAGCGUGGCUCGACAGGAUCUCCUCGGAGCAGCUGAACGAGCUGGACCGCCUCGCCCGCGAGGAGGCUGAACGUGUCCAGAGACUUAGAGCUGAGGUGGGCUCUCCUACUCGCUGGGCGGAGCGAGCUGAGCAGGCAGCUAGAGAGAGGAUCCAGCCCUUGCUGGAACGAGCUCAGAGGCUACGUGAUUCGUGGGACAAGAAGGGCACCUCUCUCCGGCAUUGUCUGUCUGAGCAGGGAGCAGACCGGACGGCGGCCAGUGCUGAUCUCCUGAGUGAGGCCCUCCUGGAGGACCUGCUGGAGGACACGGCCCGCAGCCUGCAGGUGGUCAGAACCGACAGGCAGGCGGAGGAGCAGGCCCAGGCCCUCCUGCAGGCGCCCACACUGGAGACCAUGCUGCAGCGCAUGGAGGAGAUGGAGAAAGACCAGGAUGCUGUGCGGCGACGCUUUGCUUGUAUUACCUACUCAGACCCACUCUACUGGGAUAAGCCAGAGGCGGAAUCAGGGGACCAGAGGAGAUCCAGGCCAUCUUCUCCUCAGCCCAUUCGGCUGACCCGGCCAGCACUGAAGCACACCAGUAACCCAGAGAUAAUCCUGCAAAGCCCAGUUGAACCGGGUGAGCCGUUUGAGAGACCCGGCACGGAGAAUGGCAGUCCUGCACGUGAGGCCCAGCCGCGGACCACCGGGGGCAGAGUGGAGCGAGCGGGAGGAAUCCAGCUGUCUCUGCCCAGCAGCACGCUCAACAGCAUCCUGAGCUACAGAGAGAAUCAUGAUGCAUACCUGCGGCUGGUCUCCCAUGAGACUGUGGGCAGCUUUAACCCCUGGGCCAUUGCAGACAGUCUGGCGGAGGAGCUGAUGGCCGAGGCAUUGGCUGACGUGGCGGCCGAGUUCCAGGACGUGUGCGAGGAGUACGCCGAAGCCGUCUUCACAUCUGAGUUCCUGCAGCCAAUCCAGUCGCCUCCUCCUUCUUCAGUGUGAUGGAGGGAGUGGUGGGGGGGGGGGACGGCCCGUAAGAAUCACUCAUGGGACGCACCAGACUGAGCUGUCAGAGGACGUUUUCUACCAUUCUCAAGGAAGUCUCUUGAGGUUCAAAACAUUUGGAGAGGAUUUUUCUAGUUUUGUAUAUUUCUUUUUAUUCAGGGACUUUAAACAGAGGGGUUUGUAGUAAUUGGAUUAUGAAAUACUGGGUUUAUAAGAGUGCAGAGCCUUUGGCUGAUGGAAUGUACACAAGCAUGUGCCAUUUUUAGCACCUACUUUAGGCCAGUUCUCACUGUGGUUCUAAUGCAUGGGUGGGUCACUGCCUCUGUAAUGAGUGUUGAACAGAAUUAUGAGAGUGCAUUCACCUCUCCACACACCAAACGCAUUCAUUCAAAACAGCAGAUAAUAUAGUCUCUCGUCUCCCUUUUUAAGAAUGCAGUGUUUUAUGUAAGGUCUCAUGGUGUCAUUCGAAUGACUCAGCUGAGGGGGGUCGUGUGGAAAAAUAAAGAUUUAAACAGGCAGCAUGGAAAGCAGCUUGUUUAUCUUAUGCUGGUCCUCCAUGCAUUUUUCUUUCUUUCCUUUUUUUUUUUUUUUUACAGCAACACCCAUAAGUCUUGGGAGAGCAGGAACUUGAAACA